AUGGUGCCAGUGACCACUCGGGUUGACUUUGCGUGCGAUUUUGGAAUUAUGUAACGAGGCUCCCGGAGAGGAGAGCAGGUUAGAAUUGAACCAGGUGCCCGAGCUAAAGACCGCACUGUUCAUUCAGCCGAGGAGAAGCGAGGAGGACGAGAAGGGACGUUCUGAUAAACGAGGAGGUGUGGACAGCGUUGCAAAUUUCCUACUAAAUGUCAUCAUUCUUGAUAGCAAGAUUCAGCAUAUCUGACCUGCACAAUUCUGCUCCACCCAAACGUCCUUCAGCGUUUGGAAAUGGAUUGGUUUUGCGUGCUGAAAUAAUAGGGAACCAGAUAAACAAGUGAACGCCAUCUGUUCUUAGUUUCCUGCCAUUCCUCUUUUUUUUCUUUUUUUUUUUUUUUUUAGAUUCAUCUAAAACGCUUUUAAAGAAUUGAUUCGGCUUAUUUAUAUCUUCCUGGAAAACAAAUAUAAUGCAGAAAUUAGAGGACAAACAAAAGGCACUAGGACCCAGAGACUCAUGAAAAAGGGCAAAACGGAGCUGGCAGGAGUAAAGGAAUGAGCAAAACAGAGGACAGGCAGGAGUAAGAGAGUCGGGAAUGCUCAGACAGGCGGAUAGGAUGAGGGUUAGACGAGGGAGAGAUGAGGGAUCAGGGUGGCUGCAGAGAGACAAAGUGACAGAUCGAGAUUCACGAAGCAGAUAAGCAACAAGAGGAGGAGUGAAGGCAUGAAAGGAGGUGGAGCCCGAGCUGCCCAGGAGCUUAAAAACCGCAGAGCGCGAAAGGGAACCUUCAUAACACGGAGUGAACGUGGAGUAAACUGAAGACGCUCCUUCUGGAGGAAUAAAUCAGCAUCACUCGAGGGCCUAUGGAGCGGAAAGGAACCGAGCAAGCAGAGUCACAGAGGGACUGUAAGGUUAGUGAGAGAGCAGGGAGGAACUAAGAGAGGCGAUCCCACCCACUGACCAAGUGUACCAUACACCCACACACACACACACCGGCUUUAUCACAGGCAGUCACGCUGUAACAGAACCGUGUAGCUGCCUAAUCAUCACACAAACGCAUCAACGGUGCCACACAUGCUGUAUUUACGGAAUACACACACAAGGACUCCUAAUUCAGAGCUCAACCCGAGAGAGUUUAGACUGUAGCAAGAAGGCAUAAAGAGUCUUGGAUGACACAAGGGCAAGACUGAGCUUGGAAGAAAAAAAAAAAAAAGACUGACGUUAGGCUUUACACACCGCUCCUUGAUCUCCAAAAAAAGAUUUUUUCCCUUUUUUUUUUUUUUUUGUUCCCUCUCCCUUUCCUUAAAACCACCCCAGUACUAUUUCUUCAUGAGAAGCAUCAAUCCUUCAAGGAACUGAGGAUCUUCCCAUCAGCUGUAUCCAGUUGAGGAACUGCUUCUGGAGAGAAAGGUCACUUUUUCACCUUCCCAGGAGUGGGAUGGGAUCCGAACACUGAGGAUCCGUGAGCAAUCACCGCCCUCCGACCCUGCACCAUGUUGCCCUGGCAUGGGCCGAAAGGGCCGCUCCUGCUCCUGGUCCUGAGCCUCCUACUCGUCACCUGCCCCGGACAGGAGAGCGUGGAGGAUGUAGAACUUGACGACGAGAGCAACUCCGUGAGCACAGAGAGUCCUGAGACCGCGUCUUCAGAUAUGGAAAUAGUCGACCCUCACAGGACAUGGAUAGCCUUCAGGGAUAACUCUAAUAAGGGUGGAAACAAGAAGCCCAGACAAAAUAAAAGAAUCUCAAAGCAUGGCCUGCCUGGUCCUCCAGGCCCUCCCGGACCCCAGGGGCCUCCUGGUCCUCCAGGCCCGUUGAUGCCCAACCAGGACGAGAUAUUGGAGGACCUCCAGCUAAAGCUGAAAGAGAUGGUGGGCAGCCAGUGUGUGCUCUGUGAACAGCCCCCCCGCGUGGCCACAGCCUUCCAUAGCCACCUGCACCGCAAUCUGCUGGUCCAGAGACGGAGCCUGCAGGAGCUGCAGCCUUUCAGCAGCCCUUCAGACAUGGAGCAGUUUCACCAGAGAGGACAGGGCUUCAACGCCAGCAGCGGACGCUAUACCGCCCCGGUGUCCGGGUUCUACCAGCUCACGGCCAGCCUGGUGCUGGAAUCUAGUGAGACGCAGAAAAGGACCCAGGCACGACAGAAGGACAGCGUGAAGGCCUCCAUCUGUAUCGAGUCUCUGUGUCAGAGCAACAUGUCUCUGGAGACGGUAACAGGCGUGAAUCCUGCAGGAGGAGUGUUCAGCGUUCUACUGACAGGAACCUUAUACCUGCAGGCUGGAGAAUACGUGUCUAUUCUAAUCGACAACGGAACCGGAUCAGCGCUAACCGUCCUCCAAGACAGCUUAUUUUCUGGGAUCCUUCUAGGAGUAUAACACCUCAAUGACAAAACCCCCCCCACACACACAGAGUAAGAUACACAUACACAAACAUAAAGGGGCACAUAGACUUACACACACCAGUGACUUUAACAGGAACACCUGUACACCUGCUCAUUCACGAGGCAGUGGAUAAAAUCCUGCAGGUUCAGGUGAAGAGAUUCAGUUCAUAUUCGCUGUGGCAUGGCAUGGAACGUCAAUGUUUUGCACAUGCCGAGAUGCUUUUCUGCACACUGUGGUUGUAAAGAGUCAUUAUAUGAGUUACUAUCGACUUCCUGUCAGCUCAAAACAUAAAACAUUUCUCUCUUAACAAGGUGUUUCACAUCAUUCUGUGUAAACUGUGUGAAAAUACUCCAACCUGUCUAUCUGACCUGACCAUCAUCUGCAGGAUUUUCUACACUGCAUGAUCAGCGCCGAGUAGAUAACUGCAGGAAGGUACAGCACUAGAGGUGUUCCUAAUAAAGUAGACAAUGAGUGUACAUAUACAGAGAGAGAGAGACCACUAAACCCAAACACCUAGCAGUCUUCCCAGCCCAGUUCUCUCUCUACAUAUUCCUUCGCUUGUAAUUCAGGACUCGUAUCAGCAGUAAUGAUUAUACCGUUUCCCCACGUAUCUACGCUAAGACGCUGUAGCACCUAAGAGACUUUCACCUCCACUGCGGGAUAAUUACACAACUACGACACAUUUAAUCAUCUGUCCAUAGAGAUGUAUGUAUUUUUUUCCCCCCAUGUGCUGUGUUUAUAUGCUACAGCUGUCCACUGAACAGGAUAAAGAAAUGAU